CUCCAUUAUUGCGUAUAGAAGAAUGCCUUUCAUGCUCUCAUGCUCCACUAAGAAUCGAUGCUUUUUUCGGGGAAUUAGGCUCAAGUUCUAAUACAUUCGAAGACUUCCACAAAUCAACUCAGUAGGUUCCGAGAAAACACUGCGAAAAAACGAUGGCCCUCUGGAAAAGGAGUCGUGAUGAGCCACCAAGGAAGAACGGUUGUCCGAGGUGCGUGUUUUCGUGGAAGCGUGCAGAAGCGAUCUUUCUUUGCAUCUCCUGUCGCUCCCGGUGAGCCUGAAUCAGUCAACAGUAGUGUUGGGACCCAAAAAGGUCAGUCGACCGUUUCUCUUAUAAAUUGCCAACCGGCGCGAGGUAACUGGAAAUUUGCAAUUCCGAACAAGCAAAGAAAUUUGAUAUCCCUUCCGUAGCCAAAGAUCCGCAGAAUGGAACGUCCCGGAGGAAAGUCUCUCCCCCUCAGUGGUGAAUCAUCAUCGACGUCGCUGAGGGACUACGAGGUGUUCUUGAGCUUCAGAGGGCCCGACACUCGCUUAACCAUCACGGACUCUCUCUACGCGGCCAUGAUCCGGGCCGGGAUACACGUUUUUAAAGACGACGAAGAGCUCCGUGUUGGGGAAGAGAUCGGAGGCGAGCUUCUGAGAGCAAUCUCUAAUUCGAAAAUCUAUGUACCGAUCUUCUCUAAAGACUACGCUUCCAGUAAAUGGUGCCUCCGUGAGCUAGCGUACAUGGUAGAGCAUAGGAAGAGAGAGGAGAAAGCAAUCUUGCCCAUCUUCUACGAGGUGGAUGCAUCCGAUGUUAAGCUCAAAACUGGAUCCUACGGUAAGGCCCUACAAAAGCAUGAGAGAGAGUCUGGUGAAGAUGUUGCGAAGCAGUGGGAGGAGGCCCUAAGAGAGGUUGCUGGAAUCAAGGGAUGGAACUUAAAAGAUCACGGCCAGGAUAAACUUAUAGCACUUGUCCUAGAAAAAGUUUUCAAUAAGCUGAGGUCUACUCAGAGAAAUUGGAAUGAUGACUUGGUGGGAAUUCACUAUCAGAUGGAAGCCGUUAUGGAGUUGUUAGGCCAAGGCACUCCCGGUGUACGAUUUGUUGUGAUUCAUGGUAUGGGUGGUAUCGGGAAAACAACUCUUGCUAAGGCUAUCUUCAAGCAUAUCUCUUCUCAGUUUCAAUGUUCUAGCUUUCUUUCAGAUAUCCGCAUUCACAAUAUUUUAAGUCUGCAGAAUAAAUUAUUAUGUGACCUUCUCGAUGUUAGACAUCCUUAUGUUACUGAUGCUGAUGAGGGGAUGUCCAUGAUUAAGAAAAGACUCAGUAAUAAGAAAGUCAUCGUUGUUCUUGAUGAUAUGGACAAGAGGUACAAACUCAUGAAACUAGCUGGUAAGUCUAGUUGGUUUGGUUCGGAAAGCAGAAUUAUUAUCACAACUAGGAACACCUAUUUUUUGGCUCCUGAAACUGACACCCUAGAUAACAAUAUCAUUCCAGUGCGUUAUCGAGAUUUCUUCUUUUAUGAAAUGAAAGAAAUGCAGUUUGACCAUGCUCUUCAACUUUUUAGCAAGCACUCCUUCGAAAGAGACUCACCUCCACAUGAUUUCAGCAGUAUCUCAAGUGAAAUUGUCAAAUUUACUGGAGGACUACCUUUAGCUCUUGAAGUUAUAGGUUCAUUACUCCAUUCAAAAAGCAAGAGAACAUGGAAAGAGACAUCGAAGAAGUUGAAGAAAGUGCCCAAUCAGGAUGUCCAGAAAACGUUGUUGAUAAGUUACAAAGAAUUAGAUUAUGAGCAGCAACAAAUUUUUCUUGAUAUCGCAUGUCACUGCAUUGGUGAAGAAAGGAUCCCCGCAUAUUAUAUGUGGAAAGCUUGUGAUUUUUUUCCGAAAACUGGGCUCCAUGUCCUUAUUCAUUUAUCUUUGAUAAAGUUCAUCGAGGAUGAUAGACUAUGGAUGCAUGAUCAACUCAGAGAUCUUGGAAGAGAGAUUGUUCGGCAAGAAUGCUUUCAAGUUCCUGGAAGGCGUAGUAGGUUGUGGUGUCCUAUGGUCGCCUUAGAUGUGGUUCAGAAUAACCUGGGAACAGACACCAUUGUGGCACUCAAACUCCCAGGACUUGCCAAUGCACACAAUUUUACUAGUGGCGAAUUUUCAAGGCUGCCUAGUUUAAGGUUCCUAGAAUUAGAAGGAGGAAACUUUGUAGGAGACUUUAAAAAUCUUCUCUCAAAUCUAGCAUGGCUCUCUUGGCGUCAUUGCCCUUCAAACCUACAUGCCAACGGUUUAUGUCUAAAGAACUUGGCCGUUCUCAAGCUUUCAGAGAGCGACAUUACUGAAUACUGGAAUGGAUGGGGACCAUGCAUGGGGAAUGAUAACCUGAAAGUCAUAAAUCUGACAAGGUGCAAGUGCUUAAUGAGGACACCUGACUUCUCCAAGUGCAUGAAUUUGAAAAUAUUGGUUAUCAAAGAGUGUGAAUUAUUGAAAGAAAUCAAUAGUUCUAUCGGACAGCUGGGGCGCCUGAAGUGCUUGGAAAUCAUCGAGGAGCCUCGUCUAUGGAUGCAAGCUGCAAGUGUUUCAUCAUUCAACAAUUUCACCGCUCCUGUUCCUCAUCCUCUAUUACCAGACUCAAUUGGUGGCUUGAAAUCCUUGUCAAUGCUGAAGGUGGAAUAUCAGGGAAGUGUUAAAGCACUUCCGCACUCAAUAGGAGAGCUACUAGGUUUGAAGCAUCUAUCUCUACGUGGUUGUGCAUUUGUUAGAAAGCUUCCGAAUUCCGUUGGACAGUUGAGAUCACUCCUCUGUUUGGAUUUGUCUGGCACUGAUAUAAGUGAAUUACCAUAUUCCAUCGGCAGACUAGAAUCGCUACUCAAAAUGGAUCUAUCUCGCACAAAUAUUGCAGAAUUACCUAAUUCUAUUGGCAACCUUAAACAGUUGAAGUUCAUGUGUUUGGAUUGGACGAAGAUAAGAGAGCUACCAAAGAGCAUAUGGACUCUGGAGAAUCUCGAGGAGUUGACUGCUAGAGGCUGUCAAAAUCUCGAGGGCGAAAUUCCAAGUGAAAUUGCGGGACUAUCCCAAUUGACGAUUUUGAACUUGUCCCAGAGCAAGGUUAGUGGAGUGCCAAUGACACUCAAUCAGCUUUCUAAUCUCCGAGAACUUGUUUUAACGAAUUGUAACGGGCUUCAGUCGCUACCGGAUCUCCCGACAAGUUUAACAAAGCUAGAGCUAUCGUCUUCAUCGGUGCAGUCAGUGCCCGACCUCCCACGCAGACUCUCUCUCUCCUCAUUUUUCCCUCUUCUUUCUCGUGCAUACUAUCUCUAUUGCAGGCAGCAUCCGAAACUAGAGUGGCUUGGAAGGCUUCAUGAAUUGCAGACGUUGAGACUGGUUCUUUCCGAUUUCAACUUUCCUCCGACUGACUUGAGCUCCCUUUCUCAGCUCCGGUCACUUGAAAUAACUUGUCCAGACCCACGGUCUCUGACUCGGCUUCCGUCCAGUUUAAAAUACUUGAGCUUAGAAGAUGUGAGGACACCAAUAGAAUGGCCACUGUUCUCCAACUUGGGCAAUUUGUCUGAAUUAAAGCUCUUCGGUUGUCAGUUAAGAGAGAUUGAGUUUGACAAUGAGCUUGGACAGCUAGAGAAUCUCCGGCGUUUGCAAGUGCGCAAGUGCGGGUCGCUUGUGAGGCUAUCCAAUCUAUCGAGCUUAAAGGAGCUCCGAGUGCUGAGCGUGGAGUACUGCCCAAAGCUUACUGAGAUCGAAUCCCAACCAUUGUCAACUGGAGAUUGCAGUUCUACGGAGAGGCCCAUUCCUGAUUCACUGAAGCUAGAGAAGCUCGAGUCUUUUAGAGUCUACUAUUGCGCAUCAGUGCGAAAGUUGCCUGCUAUACCAAAUGCAUGUCGUGUCGACGUCAUCCCACAAAAAUACGUAAGAAGGUCUGAAAGUGGGCCCGUCUUCAUAGAAGAUCUGGCUAAUUCCACAGAAGAUUCGGGCAUGGAGAUUUUGUCUGAAGGCGAACUCCGGCGACCGUGGUUUUAUUGCGUGAGAUUGCAUGUUCCCCAAAAUUCCCAAGAAGAGUUCCUUGAAGAAUUGUUAAGCUAAGGAGAUCUCAGCCCACUGAGGACCCCUCCUGAAAAAAGAAGGCCCAAGACAUCUUAGCCCACUUAGCUUAGCCCAUCUUCUUGGUUCCUUCUGGAGCUGGUUCAUAGGAAAAAUAAGGAGCGGAAAAGGAGAGGAGUAAGUCGGCAAAAGAAAGAGAAAACGGAAAAGGAGGGGAGUGGGUCGGCGCUUUUGGUGCGAUUCGGAGGCCUCGACAAGCUAGAUUAAUACCGUUUCGAAGCGCUCGGGUUGUGAGUAUGCAUUCAUGUUCUCAGGAUGUCCUGUAUGGCCAAAGCCACCGGCUGACAUUAGUGGAGACCUAUGCCAAGGAGGGAAUCUUGCUGCCGACAAAUAGGAGGAGAGCAAUAUCAGUGGAGGAAUCGUAGGAGUUUGGAUUUUGGGUAUAAGUUGAGAUAAUUAUAGAAAUUUAGUUCUGUAACCAGCUUAUUAUUCUUAUGAGAUAUUAGUGGAUAUAUAUUUUGAUAACAGGUUAAUGUUGGUUACGCUUAUGAGACUGCAUCCUUUGGAUAGAAGGAUAACCGUGCCAUUUUCCUUAUGUAUGUAGAGUUGGGGUGCGAUGGUUUUAUCAAUUUGUUGUUUUAAGCUUUGUUCAGAUAAAUCAAGCUGUACGAGUAGUCAUAGUUCGGACUAUGAUACCGCAUAUAGCGCAAGUCAAAAGGUUGUGUGAGAGAAUAAUAUUGCUUUGGCUCAGCGUUAUUUGCUUCA